CAACACGGUUGCUAAUGACAGCAGCAGCAGCGAAUUACUGGGUGUCGAUGCAGUUCAGUUAAAGUUGUGUUAUUAAAUUAAAUAGGUUCUUUAUGAAAACUUCAAAAUUGGAUAUUUGAAACACGGACAUAAUUUCCAUCAAACAUGGAGAUAACUUGACAGAAACAACUUGGGUAACAAAUCACUCCGUUUAUGAUGAAAACCAAGCAGAUGAAACGGCCCAUACUUGAUAUCCUCUCUGUAUAACCCCCGUCGCAAUGGAGGGACAUGUCGUUUUGCUUGGGAAAUAAUAUUAAAUUUAAAAGGGUUCACAUUUUAUUGAGAAGACCAUGCAAAGUAGUUUUGUCACACUAGAACAAGGCUGCACGGUAUGCACACCCAGCGAACUCCCUGGUUUAGCGAAUGCCAGAGUCCAUUUUUGCGUACUUACAUUCAUAACCAAGGCAAUGACUCGCUUUGAUUCAACAUUCUCUGCUGCGCAGGUGAUGCCAAGGUCAUGAGAGACAACACUGCUGAAAAAAAAAGUCCGUGUUGUUAAACAUUAGCCUACUGUUCGAAAAUAUACGGAUUAAGAGGAGUUACUGUAAUUUUGUCAUAUGGGCUACAGUAAAGAAUACUUGUCAACCACAGUCAGAAAGAUGGAGUCCUCAGCCAAAACAUGGAGAGUGGUCAAGGCUGUACUGGUAAAUAAUUAAGAGAAUCAGUGAGAGAAAAAAAAUAUGAAAAAGGGAUUGCACUGUGAAGGGGAUUUGUACAAUAGCAAGCCAUGUAACGAAAAGGCAAAUGUCUUUUUUUGAACAAAAUAAGAGUGCUAGGGCACUGCGCUUCACAUAGCUUGCACCAAGCAUGGUUCAGUUCCUACUGUGUAAUUAUAUUUUGGUACCUUGAAUUGAGGACAGUACAGAAGCCCUGUGAUACACUCCGUGAACAAUGAGUGGACGCGUCCCAUUAGCAGAGAAGGCUCUUUCAGAGGGGUUCGCCAGACUCCGGUACCGGGACACUUCGCUGCUCAUUUGGCAGCAGCAGCAACAGGAUCUGGAGAAGUCUCCCCCGAGCAGCUACCUGAGCCGCAGUCAGAGUGUCUGGUACUCCCAGUUCGGAAACCAGGCUAUCUUAGUGAGGGACAAAACUAAACUGGAGAGCCACAGGGACACGGGACAGUCCAGGAUUUGCUCAGUAAUGUAAAAAAAAAAAAAAAAAACAUGCAGGAGGAACGACGUUUUGCAAUACAAAAUAAUCUUUAGAAUUACUGUGCUGUACAGGUGACGGAAGUAACACUUCUAUAUCUUAAUAGCAGUUUCACCCAUUGCAGGUUUUUUUUUUUUUUUUCACGAGCUUGAUUAGCCACAGUGUAUAGGUGACAAGCUCAGGUGUGUCUUAUUAAACCAGGGCUAGAUCAAACUGCUAUGCAAUGGGAGCCUUAUUUCCAUCCCCGGCUGUGCUGUGUUUCCAAAGUCCUGACCCUUGUGGCGUAUACUGGGACAUUACUGUAUAUUAUAUUAUCACCAGCAAUAAGACAGAAAACUUAAAACCAGGACUUUUGAAACACCCUUUACAAUAUGUCAUACAAGCUGUUUCUCGGCUCAUAUAAGUUUGGUGGUCUCAGCCUGGUCCCCAGUGAUUAUUACAGUAUUGCAUCACACAAUUCAGAAUGGGUACUUUCUGCUUGCGAGAGGCAGAAUGGCAAGGGGUGUUCCAGUCAGAGCUCAUAGCACCUGACUGAAGCUUGUGCCAUUGAACACCUCCAUGAACUAAAUUCACAAAAAGCACAUAUAGUCUAGUGACUUUCUAACCACCCUGUAUUUUGAUUGUUUAGACAAUCUAAAUGAAAUAAGACAUGCAUUCUGCCAGAAGAGUAUUUGAUCAUACAUUCAGUUUGUUGGACGUAGCAACGUGUUGCGCGUCUUAUCGUUGAACGGCUGUCUGUAUGUAAAGUUCAUUUGCAGCAUUAUUGGUGGUUUCUUUUACUAUAGCUUUUUAUGCUGUACUAAAAAAAAAUCAUGCCAGUGGAAUGCAACGCAUGUAUCGAAGUAUUAUUGUAGCUCAGCUGUAACUGUGUGAUUCACCCAGACUUCAGACUGUACAUGAGGUGUAAUUGAAUUGAAAAUGUAUACUACUGGUACUUACAAUGUUCAAAUUAAAACUGGAGGGCGUUAGACCUUUAACAGCUGGUUGCACAGACCCUGACUAGCACAUUUUAGACUACCCUUCUGGAUUACUUCAUACAGAUUACUUAUAGAUUACUACAUACAGGCCCUCCUUUAUAUGUACAAAUGCAAGCAUGUGAUAAACAUUUUCUUUGUCAGUUUUAAUAAUGAAGCAUAUGUGUGUUCAAAUAUCCUUUCAAAUAUACUGUUUUAGAUUUGUUUCUCGUAUUAGUGUAUUGACUUCUGCUUAAAUAAAUGUUUUUUUGAAGGUUAAAUGUAUCUUCGUAGUUUAUUGUACUUGUACAGUUGGCAUUUUGUGAGGUGCAGAAUAAGGCAAGGUGUUCUAGUGUGAUUUGGUUUACCUGGUUUCACAUUGGGGACCUGCAGCUUUUUGAAUGUGUAA